CAGGAGGAAGAUGAUUUGGGCAGAAAUCAGUUAUUUCUCUAAGUGGUGGAACGACAUCGACGAGCAGAAGAGAGAGAUGGUCAAACGCCUGCUGAAGGCGGGGCAGUUGGAGCUGGUGACGGGCGGCUGGGUGAUGGCUGAUGAGGCGAACUCUCAUUACUUUGCUCUGUUGGAUCAGCUGAUCGAGGGACACCAGUGGAUACAGCGACACCUGGGUGUGAAGCCGAGCAGCGGUUGGGCCGUGGAUCCGUUUGGCCACUCCCCCUCUAUGACCUAUCUGCUGAAGGGGGCGGGACUUCAGAACAUGCUCAUCCAGCGGACUCACUACGCCAUCAAGAAACACUUCGCCCAGCAGCAGACGCUUGAGUUUCAGUGGCGGCAGAGCUGGGACUCCUCCCCCCGCAGUGACAUCAUGUGUCACAUGAUGCCAUUCUACAGCUAUGACAUACCGCACACGUGCGGUCCGAACCCGGCGGUCUGUUGUCAGUUUGAUUUCUAUCGCCUGCCGGGGGGGCGGGUCUUCUGUCCAUGGAGGAUACCGCCACAGCCAAUCACAGAGCAGAACGUCCAGGAGAGAGCUCUUCUCCUGUUGGAUCAGUACCGGCAGAAGUCACGACUCUUUCGUUCUUCGGUUCUUCUGGUUCCGCUCGGUGACGACUUUCGCUUUGUGGAGUCGAGCGAGUGGGACGCUCAGUUCAGUAACUACCAGAAACUCUUCGACUACUUCGACCAACACCCGGAGCUCCACGUCAAGGCUCGAUUCGGGACUCUCUCAGAUUACUUUGCAGCUCUUCAUCGGCGUCUGAAAGCAGCUCAAAUGACUCUGCCUACAGUUCGCGGCGACUUCUUCACGUACGCCGACCGUGACGAUCAUUACUGGAGCGGAUACUUCACCUCCAGACCGUUUUACAAACGCCUCGACAGAACGUUGGAGGCCACGCUCAGAGCGACAGAAAUCCUCUUCAGUCUUACGUUGGCCGAAAUGCGUAGUUUCCGUGGCGACGGUCGUCUGGUUGCAGAUUUCCCGGCUCGUGAACACUUCCAGCAUCUCACGGCGGGGAGGCGGAGCCUGGCGCUUUUCCAGCACCACGACGCCGUCACCGGCACGGCCCGUGACCCCGUUGUUGUCGACUACGGCACCAGGUUGUUUCACUCGAUCCUGAACCUGCGCCAGGUGCUGCAGAACUCCGCCCACUGGCUGCUCCUAUUGGACAAGAGCCAGUACCACCAUGACCAGUCAAAACCCUUCCUGCAAAUGGAUGACGUGAUCUCGGCGCAGGACGCUCUGCCUCAGAAGACGUCGCUCACGCUCAGUGAUGAGCCCAGGUCACUGAUCAUCUUUAACCCGACAGAGCAGCUGCGCACGCCCGUCAUCAGCGUCGUCGUCGACUCUCCGGACGCUCGCGUUGCCGACGCGCACACGGGUCGACCAAUGGCUGCGCAGAUCUCUGCGGUGUGGGCGGAGCCGACACAGGCGUCCACGGAAACUUUCCAGCUCGACUUCGUGGCUGAACUUCCUCCUCUGUCACUGGUCGUGUAUCACGUGACCAAAGACUCGGAUGGCUCCGCCCACCGGGCUCGCUACACCUUCCAUCAUCGCGGAAACACGCCGACCGUCCAGUCCAAACACUUCCAGGUGUCCCGCCCACAAGGACAUGAGGCCGACGGCCCCCUGUCGCUUAGCAACAAGCACGUCCAAAUAUGGAGCUCCCCAGAGACGGGCCUGCUGCAGAAGCUCCGUCUGCAGUCCGGUCUGGUCCGUCAGGUCCAGGUCCAGUUUCUGUGGUACGGAACAAGAGCAAACCGGGACAAGAGCGGAGCCUACCUGUUCCUGCCCGGGGAGGAGGGGCCGCAGCCCUACUCGUCCUCAGAGCCCCCCCUGGUUCGGGUCUCCAGAGGUCCGGUCUUCUCUGACAUCACUUCCUGUUUCCGACACUUCACACACAGAGUCCGGCUUUACCACGUGGACGGGCAUGCUGGGAGGUCCCUGGAGAUUUCCAACAUGGUGGACAUCAGGUCGGAGGUCAACCGUGAGCUCGUCAUGCGGUUUGUCAGCGACGUUGCCAACGGCAACCGUUUCUACUCCGACCUCAACAGUUUCCAGAUGCAGCAGCGGCGGACUCUGUCGAAGCUUCCCCUGCAGGCGAACUUUUACCCGAUGAGCUCGGCGUCCUUCCUGCAGGACUCGACGUCUCGUGUGUCUCUGCUGUCGGCUCAGAGUCAGGCCGUCGCUUCGCUCAGACCAGGGGAGCUGGAGGUGGUGUUGGACCGGCGGCUGCAGCAGGAUGAUAACCGCGGCCUCGGUCAGGGCGUCACCGACAACAAGCUGACGGCGAGUCUCUACCAGCUGCUGCUGGAGGACAGGAGGGGCGGGGCUCAGGAAGUGGGAGGGGCCUCGGUUGAGCACCUGUCACUGCUCGCCCACCUGACUUCGCUCUCCCUCUGCCACCCGCCAAUCACGAUGGUCGCCCCGAGCGGCGGCCGGCUGCCAAAGCUCCGCCCCUUCCUGCCGCUCCGCUCGUCGCUGCCGUGCGACGUUCACCUGCUGAACCUGAGGACGCUGGAGGACGCGCAGGAAGCAGAAAGUCCGUCGCAGGAAGUGGCUCUCCUCCUGCACAGGAAGGGCUUUGAUUGUAGCUCCGCCCCCGAGCCGCCACUGCAGUGCACAUGGAGCGCGCACGAGGAGGUGAACUUGGACGAUCUCUUCUCUCCUCUUCGGUUUCGUUCUGUCCGUCGAUCAGGUCUCACUCUGCUGCGAGAGGACGAUGAACCGGAAUCCGCCCAGCAGCAGCAACGCAUCACUCGCCUGCGGCCAAUGGAAAUCAGCGCUUUCCGCGUUGAGAUCGAGUGACGGGACCAAACGUUUAAAUAGAGGCGGGCCCCCCCCGCCCACGGUGGUUAACAGCCAGAGACCAGUAGAAUAAUUUUGCCAGUUGAACACGAG